CUUCAAUCCCUGGAUUCAUUUUCCUGCGAGUCUCUUUUUCACAGUUCUCGCCGUCGCUGAGGGAAGUAUCGCGAGAGCCGGUUGCCUUGGCUCCCUGUAGCUAUAGCAGCCGCGGCGGUUAAGGAUGCGACCGCGGGAGCGCUCUCUGGCACAGCUGGAUAUUCUGGUCUCAGAAGAAAAGAGAAGAGAUUUUCUGAAGAUCUGGUAGAGAGGACAGAAGAAUUUGGAGCUUAUUUCAAAGGUGCAGCAAAGAACAUCAGCAAAAUCCUACUGAGAAUUUAGACAAACUUCUUGGCUGUGUGGUAUCUGUUCAAUUGUUUAGAGAGCUUGGGUUUGCUAGAGGAGGAUGCGCCAAGGCACUGAGAAGAGGGCGAGGAGGAGUGUGUUGGGUUCCUGCCUUUCCUCCCAGCUGGAGAAGUCUUCAGUCCACGAGAAGCCUUAGAAAGAAGGCUGAAGAGCUUGUCUUACUUAGCUGGGUCCCUCAUACUGUUGAGUUGAGGACAUCCAUCUUUUCACCAGGACUUUGGGAAGCAGUUUCAGAAGCAUAGAAGGAAGCAAUACUUAAGGACUUCUCAGCAUUAGUCAUAUGCUAAGUUACAUUUUGAACACUGGAGCAAGUGAAAGACAACGUUGUCACCUGGAUCUAAAGGGAACCUAAAUUCUGUGAGCGUACAUAUGUGAUGCUUGGGAGAUAUAAAAUCAGUCUUCCAAUAUAAACAAUAUAGGCAAACUUCUGGAUUCUUUUCUUUUGAGGACUUCAGCAGGCACGAGUUUCCUGCCAAGAUUUAAGGCCUUUUCCCCCCCCUUCCUUCCUUCUUAUUUUUUUUAAUGUUAAUACUUUUGGGACUAAUGUGAAUAAUAAUGUCUUGGAAAAGAAAUUACUUUUCUGGAAGCUGUGGUAGUGUUCAAGGGAUGUUUGCACCUCGAAGCUCAAUGUCUAUUGCCCCCAGCAAAGGUCUCAGCAAUGAGCCAGGGCAGAACAGCUGCUUUCUCAACAGCGCCCUGCAGGUUUUGUGGCACUUGGACAUCUUCCGCCGUAGCUUUAGGCAGCUUACAACUCACAAGUGCAUGGGCGACUCCUGCAUCUUCUGUGCUCUCAAGGGCAUUUUUAACCAGUUUCAAUGUAGCAGUGAAAAAGUGCUUCCCUCCGACACCCUCCGCAGUGCUCUGGCAAAGACUUUCCAGGAUGAGCAGCGCUUCCAGCUGGGAAUCAUGGACGAUGCUGCAGAGUGCUUUGAAAAUCUGCUGAUGAGAAUUCACUUCCACAUUGCGGAUGAAAGCAAAGAGGACAUAUGUACUGCCCAGCACUGCAUUUCUCACCAGAAAUUCGCAAUGACCUUGUUUGAGCAGUGUGUAUGCACUAGCUGCGGCGCCACCUCCGACCCGCUGCCUUUCAUCCAGAUGGUGCACUACAUCUCCACUACUUCCCUGUGUAACCAGGCUAUUUGUAUGCUGGAAAAACGAGAAAAACCAUCACCAAGUAUGUUUGGUGAGUUGCUUCAGAAUGCCAGCACCAUGGGGGAUCUGCGAAACUGUCCGAGCAACUGUGGGGAGAGGAUCCGGAUUCGCCGUGUGUUGAUGAACGCGCCACAGAUUAUCACAAUUGGACUGGUUUGGGACUCAGACCAUUCAGACUUGGCAGAGGAUGUCAUCCACAGUCUGGGCACCUGCCUUAAGCUGGGUGAUUUGUUUUUCAGAGUAACAGAUGACCGGGCCAAACAGUCUGAACUAUACUUAGUAGGAAUGAUCUGUUACUAUGGCAAACAUUAUUCUACAUUCUUUUUUCAAACAAAGAUCCGAAAAUGGAUGUAUUUUGAUGAUGCUCAUGUCAAAGAGAUUGGUCCGAAAUGGAAGGAUGUGGUAACCAAAUGCAUUAAAGGGCAUUAUCAGCCCUUGCUGCUGCUUUAUGCAGAUCCCCAGGGUACCCCAGUGUCUACCCAGGACCUGCCUCCCCAAGCUCAGUUCCUGUCAUACACCAAGACAUGCUACGAUAGUGAAGAUUCAGGAAGGGAGCCUUCCAUCUCAAGUGACACUCGAACAGAUUCUUCAACGGAGAGCUAUCCCUACAAACAUUCUCACCAUGAGUCUGUGGUCAGUCACUUCUCUUCUGAUUCUCAGGGGACAGUCAUCUAUAAUGUGGAGAAUGAUUCCAUGUCUCAGAGCAGUCGGGACACAGGCCACCUAACUGAUAGUGAAUGUAACCAGAAGCAAACAUCGAAGAGAGGGUCUCUGGUAGAGCGCAAGAGGAGCUCUGGCCGCGUUAGGAGGAAAGGUGAUGAACCCCAGGCCUCAGGUUACCACAGUGAAGGAGAAACACUGAAAGAGAAGCAGGCUCCUAGGAAUGCCUCCAAAUCCAGCAGCACCAGCAGGCUAAAGGAUUUCAAAGAGACAGUUAGCAAUAUGAUCCACAGCAGGCCUUCCUUGGCUUCUCAGACCAGUGCGGGAUCUCCUGGUGCAGGGAGGGCAGGUGACCAGCCAGACAAGACACCACCAAGGAACUUGCCUUCAUCCUCUUGGGACUGGGAAAGUGAGAGUACCAGUAGUGAAGUGAAAUCCAGUUCUUCCAGCAAGUACCGCCCAACAUGGAGACCCAAACGAGAGUCUCUGAAUAUUGACAGCAUUUUUAGUAAGGACAAAAGGAAGCACUGCGGCUAUACCCAACUUAGGACCUUUUCUGAAGAUUCAGCUAAGGAACUGACAUCAGAUGAAAUAAAGAAGCCUCUUGCUUACGACAUUAAAGCUGGUGGACCAAGCUCACAGCAUAAACCUUGGGGUGCACCCCGGCCAGGCUCUCAUCUUUUAGAGCAGCAUCCACGCCUGAUCCAGCGGAUGGAAUCUGGCUAUGAGAGCAGCGAGAGGAACAGCAACAGCCCUGUGAGCUUGGAUGCGGCCCCUCCUGAGACCGUGAAUGUCUACAGGGAUCAAAGCACAAAGAGACCAGGGUUUGUCCCUUCUUGGCGUCAUAUCCCGAAGUCUCACAGCAGUAGCAUCCUGGAGGUAGACUCCACAGCAUCUAUGACCGGCUGGACAAAGACUCAGCCCCUCUCAGGUGGGGAGAUCACCUCUAAAAGUGAGCUGGAUGAACUACAGGAAGAAGUGGCCAGGCGGGCCCAGGAACAGGAGCUUCGAAAGAAACGGGAGAAGGAAUUAGAGGCUGCUAAAGGGUUUAACCCUCAUCCCAGCCGAUACAUGGACCUGGAUGAACUGCAGAAUCAGGGGAGGAGUGACGGCUUUGAAAGGUCCUUGCAAGAGGCAAAUUCAGUAUUUGAAGAGUCCCUGCAUCUGGAACAAAAGGGAGACUGUGCUGCAGCUUUGGCUCUCUGUAACGAAGCUAUCUCUAAACUAAGACUUACCCUGCAUGGUGCCAGCUCUAGCACGCACAGCAGAGCACUAGUCGAUAAGAAGUUGCAAAUCAGUAUUCGAAAAGCACGAAGCCUGCAGGAUCGCAUGCAGCAGCAACCAUCAUCGCAGCAGCCGGUGCAGCCCUCAGCCUCUCUCCCACCACAGGGGGGUGCCGUCCCUCAGCUUACAAGUGAACAGCCUGUCCCGCUCCAAUUAUUGUUAAGCCAGGAGGCACAGCUGGAACCCUGCAGAGAUGCAGCAUUUGGGGCCAGUUCUUCUUUCUUCGACUCCCCUGCUUCCUACCAUGAGCCACACUCGUCACUCACCCCAGAGCCACCUGCUGCAUCUGUGUCACAGCACAAUUCCCCUAGUAGAUCUUUGAUGCUUCCGCCGCCUUUUGAGGUGGACAGGAUUAAUCCCUCUGCGUUCCACAGGCAAGAUUUACCUAAAACAGCCUGUAGAAUUGAGAUGAAUUCUCAGCAGGAAUGCCUGCCAUUGAGUGUCCUUGAAGAUAAGCUACAAGGCCACAGGGAGAACAACAGCAGCUGCAGGAAAUUCCCACCACAAGAAGGAAGGGGCAUAGUUCAAGAUUUGCUGUUUGAAGAAAAGAAGAAUUCUGUUGACAUAUCCAUGGUGAUGCCUUGGUCACAUUCAACAGGAGAAGCCACUAAGAGUCCUUCAGGUUCAUCAGCUCCGCCUACUAUUCCUCCUUCUAGGGCCUGCUACCCCAUAAUGUCUGCUGCUUCUUCACCUGAGCUUCAUGCUAUUGACCCCAUGCAGAAACUUAACCAACAUCUUCAAGCCCAAAGUCUCCAAACUUCAUUGACUUCAAAAGUAGUCAGAGGCAGUGAGGAGCCCUCUAGGCCAGAGUUCCCCAGUACAAAAGGACUUGUCCGCUCAUUGGCAGAGCAGUACCAGAAGAUGCAGAAUACCUCUAUGAGGGAUGUUACAGGUUCCCAGGAUCGAAGCUUGCCAAAUGGUCUAAGGAAGAACUCUUCUUCUGACCUUAUGCCUCCAUUACCCCCGGCUUCAGGAAAAGACCACUGUUGCUGGGUAAAACAGCAGCCUUCUCUUGAUGGCAGGAAAAGACUGCCCUCCUGGGAAGAUCCUGCUGAUCAUUCUUCUCUUGCCAUGGACUCUGGGCUUCCCAGUGGGGAAACCCCUGGAAGAGAACAGCCCAGGUUGGCUGAGCCAAAUACAUACCAAGGAAAGCUAUCCCAAGUGAUAGAUAGUAAUUCUAAGGAGCUGGGUAGCAGUGUCAACUUGGGGAUUUCUGUGCCUUUGGAUUCCUGGGUAAAUGUCACAAGGCUAUGUGAUUCUCAGGUUAAACACAGGGGCUCUGGGCCAGGAGUCACAUCUUCCCAUGAUACCCAUACAUGUGUAACCUACCCAGAGAGAAAUCACAUCCUUUUCCAUCCACACUGGAACCAAGACACAGAGCAAGAGACCUCUGAAUUGGAGUCCCUCUACCAGGCCAGUCUUCAGGCCUCUCGAACUGGCUGUUCUGAAUGGAGGUCACAGGCUGUGGCUUGGCAGCCACUUAACCAAACAGGCUUUGCAGAUGGCUCGGGGAGGAAACUGCACUCAGCCCCUGGUCUUGAUCUCUCACGGACUCCAGCAGCAGAAAUGGAGAACGUUCUUCAUGGACCAAGCACAGCGCCUGUCUCCCAGGAUUCAUCAAACGUGAGGAAAAAGACUUUGGAAACCGGGCACCAUUGUUCCAGCUCCUCCUCCCUCCCUGUCAUCCAUGACCCUCCUGUAUUGCUCCUUAAUCCUAAACUCUACCCUCCCCAACCACAGUUCCUGUCCCCUGAUGUUCUGAUGCCCAGCAUGGCGGGGGAGCCCUGUAGACCCCCAGGAACUUCGAGGAGUGUCCAACAGUUUCUGGCUUUGUGUGACAGGGAUGAAACUCCCCAAGGGGUCAAGUACACAGGAAGGACUUUGAACUACCGAAGUCUACCCCAUCGUUCCAGAACUGAUGCUUCCUGGGGACUAGGGCCAGAGACCAACCAGCAUGUUGAGACCAGUGUUCUAACUAGGCCAGCAUGCAAGCCUCAGCUAACCUACACUGCCACACUACGAGAACGAAGCCAGGGCCUUCAGGUUCCUCAUGCUCAGUCCUGGGGGAAUCUUUUCCAUUCACCCUCGCAUCUUCCUGCUGUUUGCCCAGUGUCCCCACCAUCCAACAGUCUUCAUUUACCCCUUAGAUCAGCUUGGAAUUCAGGUCCUGUUCUGGGGUCCCAAACAGCUGGCCCUCGAAGAAUAGAUAUGCCCCCAGAUAAUGACUGGAGACAGGACAGUUACCCCUCCCAGCAUAGGCAUAGGAGGAAUGAAGAGGAGAGAAUUAUGUUUAUUCUAUCAAAUGCCCCUGGAAGAGAACAGAACAGCGUGAGAUUUUUACAGCACAGCAGGUGGUAAGGAUAACUUCUAACCUUUCCUGGAGCCAUACCUUUCUCUAUAAAACUGUACCAUGGCAGAGUCGAUACUUUGUGUCCUGCCAGUUAGGCUAUACUCAUCUCAACAUAAAAUUGGCAGCCACAGUUUGGAGGUAGAGGCAGGAGAAGCAGCAGUUCAAGGCCAGAGACUUUGGACUCUUACCAAACAGAACCACCACAACAAAAGAAUUGUUGGUUUUUCCUAAGGGUGUUUGCUUCUUUGAGGGAGAAUAUUUGAAAUUCCAACUUUAGAACUGGGGCUGUAGCUCAGUUGGUAGAGUGUUUUCCUAACAUGCACAAAGCCCAGGUUUAGAGCCUUAGCACCAUGCAAAACUGGUCAUGGGGGUGCACACCUAUAAUUCUAGCACUUGAGAGGUGGAGGCAGGAAGAUCAGAAGUUCAGGUUCAUCCUUGGCUACGUAGCAAGUUCUAGGCUAGUCGGCUUCAUAAGACCCUAUGGGGGAACAAAAAGGAAAACUCAAACUUUGGCUCCUCUAACAAAAGGAAGCAACUAAUGCUUAGGGCUAUAUUUGAGCCAUUUUAAAAUUGAAUUUAUUUUAUUACUCUGGACACUAGCUAUUCCUUAAUGUUUAAAGACAUUAUUUUAUUCUUGGUUAAGUUUAGGCCCCCAUCUCCAGCUGAGUCCUCAUCUUUUGGUCCCUACUAUAUUCCCUACUUAAACUACUUAGUUAUUACCUGGACUCUCCCUGGAGUCACGAGUCUCACCGCAUCCUAACGGGAAGCUCAACUGCCAGGAGUUAUGGCUGUCAGCCUUCCUUGUGACUCAGACCUAGGCCUAGAAUGUGGAGCUGCCAACAGUAUUUGCCCUUCUGGAGAGAUGGAGUUGGGCAUGCUAACACACCUUCCUACCCUCAGCAGCAAUGCCGUUACUGCCACUCCCUCCAUCCCUGUUGUAAACUCUCAGAGUCAGCUAAACUAUUUUAGGGCAAAGCAUACUGUUUUUUGUAAAGUAUUUUUCAUUAAUAAAUCUAUAAGAUA